CAGGGUGAUCACGUGGCUUUGUAAGCUGCGACCAGAAACAUACCAACCAGCGGUUACCUUCCUGAGAGUUUAAAAUGAAAGUCAAACGAGUGAAGCAUGCAAGGAGAUAUCUAACUUUGUUCAAAAAUUCCUUUGGAAUAUUUGAACCUUAUCAAAUUUUAGUUGAUGGCACUUUCUGUCAAGCAGCAUUGCAGACCAAGAUAAACAUCAAGGAACAGCUUCCCAAAUACUUGGAUGGAUCGGUUCAGUUAUUGACGACAAAAUGUGUAAUAGAAGAAGGUACAGCUCUUGGUCCUCAGCUAGCCGGUGCUGUGCUGAUUGCAAAGAGAUUCCAGCUGCGGAAAUGUGGCCACCAUAAGGGAGCUGUGCCAGCUGCGGAAUGUAUCAUGAAUAUGAUUGGAACUGAGAACAAAAAUGGCUUUUUUGUUGCCUCACAAGACAGAACUCUAAGAAGUCUCUUGCAGAAAAUUCCAGGUGUACCACUUUUAUUUAUUAAUCACAACUCGAUACUCCUGGAGAAGCCUUCAAGGGCGUCCUAUCAAGCAUCUCACCAGGUUCAAAUUUCCCGUCUGCAGCCCUCUGCGCACGAGAAAGAAACGUUAGAUCAACUGAAUGACACCACGACAGAUGUUCAACCGAGACGUAAACGGAAGAGGCCUGGGGGACCAAACCCUCUGUCCAUGUUGAAGAGCAAGAAGAGAAAGACUGGGGACGAUACUAAAAAAAAACGAAUCCGUAAAAGAAAACGAAGAAAACUGGCCGAGCACGUACAGCAAGCACUGCAAGAACGGAUGCUGGAAUGUCCUACAUAACCAAGGUUUGUCACCAGUCCUUUCGCCUACGAGUUGUGUCGCUAACGACCAGUUUGCUAACGGCUCAGAUCGUUUCGCCAACGUAUUAGGGUAGUUCGCUGACGUCUCUUAGGUUGCUCUUUCGUGUUAGGUUAUUUUACUAGUGUUAACGUUUUUCACCACAAUUGUAUUUUGGAUUGUCUUAAUCUCCAUACGCGUGAUUUCGUUUAUAUUUUAACAAAUUUAUAAAUAGAGUAUGUGUUCUAUAUAUAACUAGUUCUCUAGUCGCGGAAAUACAUUCCGUGUGCAUUGUCUCAAUACAAUGGUUGUUUCCCUAGAGCUUCGAUUUUACUUCAACCCCUUCACCAACUUUAAAGAAUAGAUUCGCAGUUAUCGAACAUUUUUGAAACUUUAUUUUUCCUUUCGACGUUUCGUCAAUCAAUAGUUUUUCUUGGUGGUACUUUUCUUUUUGGUUGAAACGAAGAACUCUUUGUUAGAAAAAAAAAAAAUACCUCGCUUUUGUUGUUGCUGUUGUUGUUACUUUUUUGCGAUAGUAAAGUGUUUCGGUUGAAUGAGCAGUAGUCAACAUUCGAAUUCAAUUAUUCGAAGUUAGUUUCGAAUUUUUUAAGUCGAGGGUGAAAAUCGACUCCGUACUCGAAUAAUACUGAUAUCGAGUGCCAACUCUGUCAGUAGGUAACGAGUUAUUUCUGUAGCCUUUUUUUGGUUCUUUCGUUGUUUUUGAUCUGAACUGGUGUCCCCAGAAAGCAAAUAUUGAGACACGGAAGUAACUCAUCUUUGUUCGCAGUCGUUAACAGUAUUGUGGUUUUUCCGAACUUGUUCAAAAUCACAUGGAUACAAAAUUGCUUUUGUUCAUCGUUUCGACUAGAAGAAAAGAGAGAAAGAAAAUUUGCCCUCAUUACAAAUGCGAGUGGUAUGCAAAGUUUUGCUCUGAUAUAAGGGACGAGUUGCACGAGGCCUAAAGGCGUUUCGUAGGAUAAAAUGUAAGCAUUGUUUAUGGAAUUUUUGUGUGGAAGUUUUAUUUUGUUGGCAAGUGGGGGGUAUGGGAAGUCUCAAACGGUGAGGACCGACGAAAGUCAUUAAAUAUUAGAAGCACUGUAUUGGCCAGUGGAGGCGAGCAAUUAGGCAACAAAACAGGAGUUUUUACAAAUGGUACAAGUAAUCGGACAUAUACGGAAUUAGAACAAUUUGUUGUGAUGUUUUAGAAAUAUUGAGGGAUUUUAUUCGGCAGAGGAAGUUCUUUGGCUUGCAAGUCUUUCCCAGUUGUGUUUUAAUUUUCAUGCCCUCAUUAACCAAGAAUAAAGUUCAAAGGCGAAGUGCCGAGAGUAAUUGAGGAAUUUUUUUCGUGGAAUUUUUUUCUUCAUUCAUCCACAGUUUUAACCGUGUCAGUGCCAUGCAAAGCGGUUUCAAACUCAUCAUUGUCGUUGAGAAAAAAAUUAAAGAAUGCCUUUGGCGUUUAUAUUCUUCCCCGAACGUUAUUGAUCGCCUGUUAAAAGGAUUUUUUUCCCCCGAACUUGACGAGGCAGUUUUAAGUUUUUUUUUCAAUUGAUGGCAUUUUCACUGUACGUUGAUGCUUUCUGUUUGUGUCUGUGAUCAAGGCUUUUUAUUUUUAACUAUAUUUUAUGCAGAUUAUAUCACAUGUAUUGCACAAUUUUUUAUAAUUAUUAACUAUUAGUAAUCUUACUUUUAUUUUGUAUGGAAGUUUGUAAUAGAUAUUAGUUUUAGGACUAGUUUAAAUGCGCGACCCCAUAAGCGCGAAGCUUUAAACACUUAACGUGUUGAAAUAAAGUUGAUGUUAUGUUA